GUGAAAGUGGAGCAGAGGAGAAAGAAAGAGAGGGAACCGUCCUCCUGUCUGUCUUCAGUAUGCGAUGCUUGUCCUCCUCUCAGACCUUACGUCAGCCCGGACAGUUUAACAGAGACACACAGACAGACAGACAGACAGAGAAGCACAGAGAUGACAGCAGCGACGGGACUUGGAGGAGGAGGAUGUAGCUCACCUGCGGACAUUUAGAAACGGGACUAGUUCUGGACUCGAUGCAUUUGCAGCUCCGCACCAGUGAUGAGUUGGCUCCUGUUGUGGAUUCUAACUGCAGCCGGGAUUCAACAGGCCUACUCCCAGAAUUCCACUGCCAUGCCGCCCGCCAUAGCUGUCACAUCCCCGGCCGUGGACCUAUACAACCGCACGCAGUACUGCAAGUGGCCCUGCGAGUGCCCCAAGGUCAACCCCACCUGUCCACCGGGGGUGAGCCUCCUCAUGGACGGCUGUGACUGCUGCAAGACCUGCGCCCGGCAGGUGGGCGAGGUGUGCAACGAGGCCGACACAUGCGACUACCACAAGGGACUGUACUGUGACUACAGCUCGGACAAGCCGAGGUACGAAAAAGGAUUGUGUGCAUAUAUGGUGGGAACAGGCUGCGAGCACGACGGCGUGAUCUACCGUAAUGGGCAGAGCUUCAAGCCCAGCUGUAAAUACCAGUGCGUGUGUGUGAACGGCGCCAUCGGCUGUGUGGCGCUCUGCACAGAGUCCCAGCCACCACGGGUGUGGUGCCAAACGCCACGCCGGGUCAAAGUCAAGGGACAAUGCUGUGAGCAAUGGAUCUGUGAUGAACCCAAAAGAGGGCGCAAGACGGCGCCGCGACAUGCAGUAGAGGGUCUCUAUGCUGAUCCAGCUGCCCCGGCUGAGACCAGGAGCUGGCACAAGAACUGCAUUACCCAGACUACCUCAUGGAGCCCCUGCUCAAGGAGCUGUGGCCGCGGCCUGUCCCUGAGGAUCUCCAACGCCAACGACGAGUGCGAGAUGGUCAAAGAGUCUCGCCUCUGCACCCUGCGGCCCUGCGAGGUCGACAUCACCAAACACAUCAAGCCAGGAAAGAAAUGUCUGAACAUCUACAGGGAAGAGCUGUCCUCCAACCUCACCAUCUCCGGCUGCACCAGCAGGAAGCAGUACAGGCCCAAAUACUGCGGCGUCUGCACAGACGAGCGCUGCUGCAUCCCCUACAAGUCCAAAACAAUCGACGUGGAGUUCGAGUGUCCCAACGGGACAGGGUUCACCUGGAAGAUGCUGUGGGUCCAGGCUUGCUUCUGCAACCUCAGCUGCAAAAACCCCAACGACAUCUUCGCCGACCUGGAGAGUUACUACGGUCACUCAGAGAUCAUGAACUAGCAGGAGGCGGUCACGGGAUGAACUUGACCUUUUUCUGGCUUCUUUUUCUCACGCAGUGUUUUAUAUUUGUGACGAUUAUGUACAAGGGAUUUUCUUACGGCCUUUUUUUUUCCUAUUGGAAAAAUCUGUAAAUAUGAAAUAUAUAUGUGUAAAGCAUGAUGUGCUUUUGAAGAAUAUUUGAGGCAGUGCUUUGCAAAUGAAAAAAAAAAUAUUCAGCCAGUGAGUGUGUGAAAUAUUGAAGGCUUAAUUUAUUUAUGUAGCUUAUGUAAUAACAUAUGCAAUUUUCUUGAGGUGCUUUCAAUAGCAGUCAACAUUGUCUGUCUUUAAACUCACUUAGAUAAUAAGGUUUUAUUGUAGAUAUUCUCCUUUAUAUUUCAUGGAAUUUACUUUAUAAUAAAUGUAAAAGUGGCAGAAAUGGACGAAGCCUUAUUUUAGGACCACAUGUCCAAAUAUGCAAUAAUGACAGGAUCAGGGAAGAUCAGUUACACGUUUUUUUUAUUGUCAUUUUUUUAAUAAAUACAAACUGUUAUGUCAUUUUAAUGCUUUUCUACAGCAUUAGACAGUUGUGCAUCGCAUCUUUACAAAGCUGUGUAUGUGUUCUACAAAGCAAAAGUGUUGCCGUAGUGCAAAAGUAAAAUACGGGAGUAAAAGGUGUCAGGUAAGUUCUAUGGCUAUCCUCAUGUUAACAUGUGGACCUAUCAAACCUAUCACUCACCCAAAAAUCCACAACCACAUAGGAGCAUCACGUCUAAAAAAGAAAAGAACAAUUCCAUGGCACAUCUUUGUUCCAUUGUGCUUGAUUGCAUAGAAAUAAUUGUAAAAAAAGAGAAAAUACUUUAUGUCUGAAGCCAUGAUCCAUUAAUAAAGCAUACAAUGUAAAAGCUUUUGAAUGUUGUGUUUCAGAGUGUUUGUGAUUCGUGACAAAUCAUAUGAAAUGUACUAAAAAAAAA